UGGACAAGUUACUUCAGUAACAGACAUUAGUCAAGUUAUUCAGAUGAUUUUAUGCAAUCUGUUUUAUACACUAAGACAAAUAAGACGGCGUCGCGUGUUCAUUCUCUAGUUGUCGAAAUGAUUGUACGCAGUGAGUAUCACAAAGAAGCGGAACGAAGCCCCCAAACCAGUUUGACAACAUGAAGCCGUCAAAAUGUAUUUCCGGUGAAACCCUGUCGUCAUUCUGGACGCUGUUGCCUCUGGGUAAUUUGAAAAUAUAUCUCACCGCCAUUACUUUGGUCAAACCUCCCGUGGUGAUGCUGUGGUGAAGGAACUACUGAGCAACAUAAAAGUUCUGACGGAACGUAACUGGCGACAAAGAGGUUGACACUACAAACAUGCCUCGACUUGCUCGCAACAGGCUGUCUCCAUGGAUAGAAAGUCUGAUCCUGAGUUACGGCACUCAGAAGGAGAGCAGCGGGUGGCUGAAGGCUCAUGUAAUCGGGGUGGGUCCGAUGUCUCAGGACCAGGCCCAGUGCACAGACACCGCCAUGGGGCCGCUCUUCCUGUCCGACGGGAUGCUCCAGAUCCCUGCCAUUCUCAACGCUUCCGCCUGGGAGCAUCUUCAGGAGAAGGAGGACCGCGAGAGCUUAAGCAGUCUGGUCAACACAACUGUGUGCAUUAAGGACUAUCAACUGCAGUUUCUCAUGGCCCACGAACAUACUAAAUGCAGGUUCUUCUUAUCAGUUGGAGAGCUGGCUACUACUGCAGCUGGUCCAGUGAAAGACAACACCCCUUGCUGCACGACACUGCCCUCCAUCAGGCAGGAGAUCUUUAAGACAUGGAGGGCCAUGCUGGGUCAGGAAGUGCAGGACUCUCAGGCAAGCCAGUGUGGGUUUGAUCUGUCCGAGCUGCUGGGGGAGUGGCAGCAUGACUGUAUGCAGGCUCUUCUGGAGGAUGUGAAGGAGAGGCUGAUGACAGUGAGCAGCCGUCCUGUGAGCCCGCAGCCCUCCACCUCAGCUUACACCCCACUGUCAACCAAAGUAGACACAUCCACGGCCACGAGCUGGGACGUUGAAAGGAUCGCAUAUAAAAGAGUGAAAUGCUUUAGCGUCCCUAUAAGGUAUCUUCUCAUUCCAGAGGACGAUACUAUGCAGCUGCCAACACCACCAAAUGUUGGAAGUAGCUCACCAAGUGGGCUCCCUGCUGCUUCAGGGGACAGAGAGAGAGAUUUGCCUCAAGUCUCCAAGCCAUCAAUGACCACACAGCCUUCUGUUGAUCAUGCAGAGUGGAGAAUAGCCAAGCCAGCAGUUCUGGUGACAGGCCACAACACCAAUGGGCACCCAUCUCUUCUUGUGGAGGACAGCAUGCUACAUGAUUUCAUGAUCACAGGGGUGACUGACAGAAGCAUCAGAUCCUCAUCAAACCCCUGGGACAUGUUUCCUCCACCAUGUGACACUUCUUCUUCCUCUAAUCCAUCCCCAGGCGCAACACCAACCCACUCCAUACACAAUCCUACUGCUGAGUCCAAGCCUGAUUGUGUUGUCAUCUUAACUAGCACGCAGCUUCCUGUCCACAGCUCGAAGGAAUCCCAGCACACAUCAGAGCACAGCAAGGGAGAACACAGCUACCUCCCGCCGUACCAGAAACUACAACACUUAUCUAGUGUCUUCACCACUGCUGGCUCUUCAACUUCUGUGACUCCACCAGAAUCCCCUAUCAGACCGUUCAACUGUUUGCCUACCAUAGAUGAACACUGCACCAGCACAGCACAAAAAAAUCCCCUGACCUUGGACCAAGAAAGGCAGAUUUUGGAGAAUGACACGAAGGAGGCUGUUGAGGGAAAAUGCAGAAAGGCAAAAAGAAAGAGAAGUGAGCCCACACCAGAAGCACUUACCACCUUAUUGGAUGAGGAAGAGGCAAAAGCUCAGAUCAGUGGGAGUCCUCCGUCUUGGCUCUUUGACACUCGGGCAGGCUCCAAAGAGGACAGCAGUUACAAACAGGGUCAAACUGAAAGGACUGUCGGGAAAACUACACCCACUGUUCAUGGUGAUGGCCGGCUCUUCUCUUACUCUUACAGAGUGUCUGGACAGAAUCUGCAGGACUUCAGUCAGUUCAAAGUAGCUAAGUCCUGGCUGCACUGGGCAGUCAAGUGUCUUGUUGUUCCUAAACAGACAGAUAAUCCAAACAGCAAGUCAGGAUCCACCAAUCGGACAUCAUCUGAAAGGACUAAGGUUACUUCACUUUAGCUUCCAAAUGUUGAUGAAAAUGAAGCUGUGGUAUUGUUUCAGUUCACCUUGUUCGUCAUUUUCGACAUGUUCGACAGUCUCCUCUGAUAUUGUAUACUUUAUGUUAAUGUUCCAGAGCAGCUUUGUGUAGCUGAGUGUAAAUGAGUUUGUAAAAAACAUCUUGGUACAUGCUGUAUUUUAAAUGAAUAAAAACACAAUUUGCUUCUUUCAACUAAACUAGAAUAUUUUGGCAACCACAUCUUGAAGAAAUAUUCAUUGGCAGUGUUAUGUUAUAACGUUAAACUCAGCGGUCCACUGAACUUGACAAAAAAGGAAAUAAAUGUGUUAAUGCUUAAAACUCCAUGUAUCAUUUUGGCAACUUUAGGAUAUAAUAUUAAAUAUACAUUACUGACACAUAAAGACAUUUUUAAAUAAACAAAACAAGGACAAUUCAUUAAUUAUCUACUCACCCUCAAGAUAAUCGAAAUUCAGAUUAAGUUAUGUUGUUAAAAAAACUUAACAGAUAAAACCGGGAUUGCAUCAUUCUCCUUAUCAACUGAUGUAGAUGUGGACUUGUUUUAAAGUGUAUGAAAAUCUAUCAAA